AUGAAAGGACUGCAGCUUCCAGCUCACCCCCCAGAACCCUCUGGACCCCCAGUAGGAAAGAAAGGAACAUCUGCACUCUCAGCUCUGCUAGAGUUGGAAUCAAAUCAGAAGGGUUUGGGGGAACAGCAAGCCCUAGCGCAUGCUGGAAAAGCUUCUUGCCAGGCCACAGAUCCAGCUGUCACCCCAACCUUUGUUGACAGCCCUCGUAAGGAUGGGGCCUUCUUUAUGGAUUUUGUUCGCAGUCCACGUACAGCGCCGUCAUUCAACCCGCAGAUUUCUGUUGAUCAAGGAGUCUCUCCUUACACUGAUGGAAACAGCAGCCUGACAAACAACACCCCAACAGUUACUCAAGGAAGCAAUAUAGGAGAGCAGCCAUUUCAAUCAGCUGAGCCAAGAUGUCUGGGGGACCAAGCACUCUGCCUUCCAGUGCCAGCCUGA